CGCGGCGGCGUCAUCAGGGGCCGCCGGCAGCGCGCGGCCAUGGCGCUGGCCGCCGCCGGGCCCGCGGAGGUGGUCCGCGCGGCGCAGAAGGACGACCACUACCGCGGCGGGCUGCGCAGCGCGGCGGGCGGCGCCGUGCACGGCCUGGCGGGGGCCAGGAGGUGGCUGGAGUGGAGGAGGGAGCUGGAGCUGCUCGCCGACGUGGCCUACUUCGGCCUCACCACGCUCGCAGGCUACCAGACGCUCGGGGAAGAGUACGUGGGCAUCGUCCAGGUGGACCCGUCGGGACGCCGCGUGCCGUCGCCGCUGCGCCGCGGGCUGCUGGUGGCGCUGCACUGCGUCCUGCCCUACCUGCUGGGCCGGGCGCUGCAGCAGCUGGAGCGGGCGCUGCAGCCCGACCCGCGCCGCGCCUCCCUGGGCGGCCCCGGGCCCGGUGGGCGCGGCCGCGCGGGGGCCCGGCGCUGGCUGCAGCGCUGCACGGCCGGCCUGGCCGAGCCGCGCCGGAGGCUGCUCCUGCAGGCCCUGGCGGGGCUCCGGCGCGGGCUGGACGGGCUGCAGCGCCUACACGUGGCCUGCUUCUACCUGCAAGGUGCCUUCUACCAUCUGGCCAAGAGGCUCACGGGAGUGACCUAUCUCCGCAUGCCCCACCUGCUCGCCGAGGACCCCAGGGCCCGCGCGAGCUACCGCCUGCUGGGGCUGCUGUCGCUGCUGCACCUGGCGCUGGCCCUGGGGCUGCAGUUCUACGGGCUCCGGCAGCGGCAGCGCGCGCGCAGAGAGUGGCCGCUGGCCCGGAGAGGCUCAUUGCGCAGGAGCCACCCCGAGGACAGCAGAGCGGCCGCCCGGGGCUCCGUGUGCACUCUCUGCCUGGAGGAGCGGCGCCACACCACCGCCACGCCCUGCGGCCACCUCUUCUGCUGGGAGUGCAUCACUCAGUGGUGCGACACCAAGGCGGAGUGCCCCCUAUGCCGGGAGAAGUUCACACCCCAGAAGCUCGUGUACCUGCGGCACUACCGCUAAGGGCACCCGGCUGGACACUUGCUUCUUCCCAACUUCCUGUCACGUGACAGUUGGUUUCUGCCCUUCCCACCUCAGCAAGGGGUGUGGGAAAUAAAGGGGUUGGCUCCCAUCUGAGCCGCGUCUCCUCUCACACCCCUCUGCUUGGCACCCACUGAGCCCCUUUAGUUUUAUGGACUUGGCAACGUUUGGUUUGGGAGCUGUGGGGUAGCCGGGAACAAACACGGGCCUCCUUAAAGCACGUCUGGCUUUUGGAAGGUUUGACCCUGCCAGAAAUGCACUUUGUCAUGGUACAGCCGGGGCCGUGGGGCCUGAGUACAACCCCCAGAGCCCCUUAGUCUGAACAGCUGUGGGUCUCAGCCUGAGCACCGGUCUGCCUGGCCUGGUGGGCACAGGAACUUGAUGGGCCAGGGAGGGUCUGCUGCAUCUGUGUGUGCUGAGUGCCCAGCAGCCUGCACCUGCAUGGCCCGAGCAUCACCGCAGCUGAUGUCAGGCAGCACAUCGGGAAACGUCCUGCAGAGCCCUGGUGAUGCAGAGAAAGACGCACAAGACUGGGAUAUUCUUUAAUCAGGGUGGAAUUGAAAAGUCACUGAGUUAAAUGCUGGAAAGAAUUUCAUUUUAUCAAAAAGUUGGCAUGCAGGCCAGCAUCACAUCUCCAGGGAGCUGAGACCAGCCCGUGUCCUACAGAAGGCUGGGACACGAGACAGGAGCAAACUGCUCAAAAGCAACCUCUGCAUGGGUCAAAGAAACGUGUCGAACCACGUCAAUUAAAAUAUAGUAUGUAUUUAUAAUCCCAGGCCCUCAGCAA